AUGGAUCCAACUUCACAAGACCAGAGCGAAGACGACGGAGCUUGGGCCAAGGAGCAGGGCCUACCAUCUCUUGAAGAACCAUUCCUGCAGAAGUACCUCGACGGAAGAGAUAAUCUAAUAGCACAAGAGAAGAGGCAACGAAGUGACCAUGCCUUCCGAGAAACGCUCUCUCCAAUGGCUGCAGAAGCGUCUGCAAUCAUAUCCGCUAUUCGCUUCGAAGAACAGCAGACCUUAUGGAAUGCAGAAUAUGAAGAUAAUCUCGCCAAGCAGGACUCCUUUGAAGCGUACCCAGGCAUGAUGUUCAGCCUCGCCAAAGAGAGGAUGGAGUCUUCGAAGCUCUGGAAGAUAGUCCAGAAGAUGCCGAAAGGGGCACUUCUCCAUUGUCAUCUUGAAGCCAUGACCGAUGCUACAUGGCUUAUCAACGAAGCUCUUACCACAAACGGCUUUUGUAUAACAGCAGACACUCCAUUAGCGACGCAAGAACAGCGGGAGACUGGCUCUUUCCUGUUCUCAUUCACGAAGACAUCUCCUGAAGACGACGUACCGUCAAUAUGGUCUGAUGGCUACAGCAAGGGCAGGAAGAUACCUCUGACGAAGGCUGCUGAGGCUUUUCCAGGGGGCAAGCAAGCUUUUAUCGAAUGGUUUGUGUCGAGGGUGACCAUUACUCACGACGAAUCGAUAAAGCAUCACAUUGGUCCUAACGCCAUCUGGAGAAAGUUCACAUCGUGCUUCCCAAUACUAGCAUCGAUCGAACGAUAUGAGCCCAUCUUCCGCAAAUGUAUCCGAAGACUGCUCGCAGAACUUAACGCUGAUGGCGUGCGAUGGGUCGAUAUCAGGUCAGUGUUCGGCGUGCCCUUCACCGCCACAGGCAGCGACACUCCAGACGAAGACUUCGACGGCCUGUUCGCAGCGCUAGAAGAAGUAAUCGCAGAAUUCAAGCAGUCGGAGGAAGGCAAGGGCUUCUGGGGUGCUCGAGUAAUCUGGACGCACGUUCGAAGUCUCAAUACUCGCAGCGUGGUUGAAAAUAUGAAGAGCUGCAUCGAGAUUAAGCAGCUAUUCCCCGAUCUUAUAGCAGGCUACGACCUUGUAGGCCAAGAAGAUACCGGACGUCCUCUGGCUCAUCUUACGCCCGAGCUUUUCUGGUUCAAGAAACGAUGUAUGGAAGAAGGCGUCAAUAUACCCUUCUACUUCCAUGCUGGCGAAACUUUAGGAGAUGGCGACAUAGUCGACGAGAAUCUGUUCGAUGCAGUGUUACUCGGUACACGACGGAUAGGACACGGCUUCUCACUAUACAAACAUCCGCUCCUGAUUGACAUGGUCAAAGAGAAGAAGAUUCUGGUGGAGAGCUGUCCAGUCUCCAAUGAAGUCUUACGCUUGACAAGCAGUAUAAUGCACCACCCUUUGCCAGCUCUCCUCGCCCGCGGCGUCUCGUGCGCACUAUGUAACGACGACCCGGCUAUACUAGGCCAAGGAAUCUGUGGCAUGUCGCACGACUUCUGGCAAGCACUGCAAGGCUGGGAGAACCUAGGCUUGGAAGGUCUAGCCAGCCUGGCAGAGAACAGUGUUCGAUGGGCGACGUUCGAUGACUGUACCGCCAAGGAUUGGCAAGCAGAUAUCAAGGCUGGUGCUUACGGGACUGGUGUGCGAGCAGAGAGGAUGAAGGAAUGGGCGAAGGAUUUUGAGAAGUUUUGUCAGUGGGUUGUUUUCAAGUAUGGUGCUGAAACAGACAUCAAUACGCUUGACUAA